GUUAGUUUAAAUAUUAAAUAUUGUCUUCACAUUUUGUACAACAUAUAAACCUCUUUUAAAUAUCGUUCACCCCGAUGUGAUAGAAAUACACGUGCAGCAUGACCUGAAGCCUGAGCGUCAAUCUCCCGCUGAGCCGAACUCUAUCCGCAGUCACCAUAUCAUCACCCCCAUCUUCCCUUCCCAUUCAUCCCGUCCACCACUCUACCCAUCAUCGAUCCUCGUCAUCUUGCUCCAUCGCAACAUCAUGCCUGGUAGCUCAGAAAGCCGAUAUAUCAGACUUGAAGUCAUCAGCGGAAAGAAUCUUCGAGUCCCCUCCUGGCGCAUUCCCGCUGGAAUUUACGUGUCCAUCAAUGUCGACUCGAGGAGACGCUGGAAAUCGGCCAUCAGUGUCUUAUCAUCUGAUGAAUUGGUAGCGUGGGGGAAUACUGUAACUCUACCAUCAAAUACCUCGCCUGCAUUGUCAAUAGAGAUCAGGGCGUCCUAUGAGCUGCGUCGAAUGCUAGGCGGUGGAGAGGUCAUCGGGGAAAUUCAAAUGUCGUGGGAUGAGCUACUCGAUCAUAGAGAUCACCCAUUUGAUAUAUCCUUCCCGGCCGUGCGCGACGUUCAACCUUCCAUCACACUGAAGGUUGCUGUUGUACAUGUUUGGGACGAUCAAAAUGGCGCACCGUUUGAUUCCCUCGUAGACUGCGAGAUUGCUCGAGACGCAGAUGCGGGCCACGCACAGUUUGCGUCAUACGUGAAAAGCGAGAAUGUCUCUCACUUGAACGAUGCUAUGGAGCAUUUUCAGUUGGUUUUGAACCAUUGUCCGGUUGGGCAUCCAGACCGCGCAACAGCUCUCACGAACCUCGCGUGGGUUCGCCUUAAGGGCUAUAUCCAAAAUGAUGUUGAAGACAUUGAUACUACCACUUCCCUCUUCCGCGACGCGCUUGCAUUGUGUCCGCAGCACCAUCCCGAUUAUCCCUUAUCCCUAUAUAAUCUCACCGAAGCGCUGACUUGGCGCCACUCCAGGAAAAGUACUGAUGUCGACAUCUGCGAAGCCGCCCAACUCUAUCGUGAGCUACUGCCUCUCUGUCCAGAGGGCACCUACCUUCGUGGCAUCGCAACAGGGAAAAAUGGUGUUGAUUAUGUGAUCAGCAGAUGCAACGAACUUCCAACAGACGGAUCCGAUGAAGGCAUCCACCUUCGAAGAGUCGUCCUCGAGCUCUGUCCUCUGGACCAUCAACUUUGUCCCAGAACCCUCCACGAGCUUGCAGAAGCACUUCAAGCACGCUUUGAUGCGCACGGCAGCAUCGAUGAUCUUGACAUGGGCAUUCAGCUUAGUCGUAAAGCUGUGGCUCUUGCUCCCGAGGGACAUGCUGACCGUGAUACUCACCUGAACAACUUGGCCAUGUUACUCGUAUCCCGCUUCAGUCACCAAGGCAAACCUAAUGACCUUGAUGAAGCCAUAUCAUUGUACGAAGAAGGGCUGCAUCUGUGCCCUGUUGGGCACGAAUCUCGUAAUUGCUUAUUGGACAACCUAGGGACCGCCCUCAUCAACCGUUUCAACAAAUACAGCGACAUUGAAGAUGUGACCCGAGCUAUCAGCCUCUAUCGCGAGGCCCUGACGUUGCACCCACCUGAGCAUCCACAAUAUCAUACCACGCUUAACAACCUUGCCAUCGCGCUCCAAACCAGAUAUAACAACUCGCAAGUCAGAGAGGAUCUUAACGAGGCCAUUUAUUUAUAUCGUGAAUCCCUUCGGUUAAUGGGGCUUGACCUUCCAGAUCGUUAUAUAACUCUUUUCAAUUCGAGCUCGGCACUCUGCUUUCGUUUCAUGCUAACUCGGGAGAAUGAAGAUGUGGAGGAGGCCAUUGCUCUUUGCCAAGAAUCAUUGGCAGCUCUGUCUUCACUGCACCCUGACAGGUACUUCAGCUACAUGUGCCUGCAGGAGGCCUAUUUGUCUCGUUAUCGGAUUCUACACGACCCUGCUGAUUUGUCUCUUGCAGUGGAGAACUUCAGACUCGCAUCAAGACAUUCUACUCAAGGGUUCCCACAACGCACCGCUGACGCAUUUUAUUGGACCAUUACAGCGGAGCAGCAUGGUCAUGGAUCCGCGCUGGAAGCCUACUCGACAUUUUUUGAGCUUCUGGAUGCUCAUUUGGCAACACGGUCUUCGGCAACUUCACGGCGCGAAGCUGCUUCUGCAUUUCAUCGCGCCAGAACACUCCCAGCAGAUGCAGCAUCAUGUGCCAUCCGCUGUGACAAUCUACCACAUGCAGUUGAACUUGUGGAGCAGGGCCGUGGCCAGCAGUGGUCGCUGGCCUCCCGACUCAGGACUCCGGUUGAAGACCUUGAGUCAGCAAAUCCGACACUGGCGCAUAAAUAUUUGGAGCUAAGCCAGCUCGUUUCCAGUGCGGCCAAGAGUUCUGCAACCAUCACUGACAGCGCUGCUGCCGAUCGGGCAGCAACAGAGUAUAGGAGAAUCACGAGGCAAUGGGAAGCUGCCAUAGCUAAGAUACGUGAUCUUCGGGAGUUCUCGCGGUUCCUGCUCCCGCCUUUGUAUGCAGACCUGCAAGCGGCAGCCCGCCAGGGCCCAGUCAUCAUCCUCAUUGCGAGUCAAUACUCAUGCAGCGCCAUCAUUGUUCCGACGUCAGGAGACCCCCAUCAUGUUCCCUUGCCGUCUGUCACUCUCGCAGAUCUGACAAAUCUCAAAGAUCGUUUCGCUAGGGCAAUACGACACGCAUCUACCCUUGGCCCCAAAGUGCCGCGAAACGACCUAAUAGUCCUCUUGCGGACAGUAUGGGACGAGAUCAUGCUACCCAUCGUCAACAUCCUCCAGCAUAAUCUGAAACUAAAAUACUGUCGUAUCUGGCUGUGUCCAACUGCAGCCUUCACAUCUAUUCCUCUCCACGCAGCUCACCCGUUUCGAACCAACCCAGAUGGCUCUAGGGAGCCAUGCCUGGAGGAUCUCUAUAUCUGCUCUUAUACGCCCACACUUUCGGCUCUGGUCAGAUCCAGACAGACGAUGAAGAAGCGCGUCACUUCAUCCUUCGUGACAAUCGGGCAGGGUCAACCGGGUGCAGGGAAAGGCAAGGCGCUCUUGGCUGUCGACAGCGAGCUCGAGCUCGUCCAUAAGCUCGUCCCUGCGACGGCCAAACACACGACUAUUUCUGGGGACGCAGCCACACGAGCAGGUGCGCUCGAAGCUUUGCAGGAGAACACCUGGGUACACCUAGCUUGUCAUGGAAAGCAGGACCCAAAGCAACCUUACAAUUCACAUUUCAUCAUGAAAGACGAAGAUCUGACGCUGCUCGAUAUCAUGGAGAGAGAUAUUCCGCAAGCCGAGUUCGCGUUCUUAUCAGCGUGUCACACCGCCGUUGGGGAUGAGGAGACUCCCGACGAAGUGAUCCACCUCGCAGCUGGUCUCCAGUUUUCGGGGUUUAAGAGCGUCAUUGGGACGCUGUGGCAGGUCGACGACUCUGUCGCACAACAUGUCGUCAAAGCUUUCUAUGAGAACAUGUUCCCAGAUUUGAAGGAUGGAGGUGCGAUGGAUUGUACGAAGGCGGCCUGGGCACUGAACCGUGCUACGCACGCUGUGAAGACAACAGUGCCGCUGGAGCAGAGGAUGGUUUUCGUUCAUAUUGGUGUGUAGUUCCACUACCUUGUACUGAUGUCGUCUGGUACACAUUUACAAGCUGUUUAUCUGCGAUCUGUU